AUGGGUAAAGUUCACGGCUCCCUUGCUCGUGCGGGCAAAGUCAAGUCUCAGACUCCCAAGGUCGAACCUCAAGAGAAGAAGAAGACUCCCAAGGGCCGCGCGAAGAAGAGAAUAACAUACACUCGACGAUUUGUCAACGUGACGAUGACUGGUGGCAAGAGAAAGGUGCGGACUGAGCAGCUUCCCAGCAUAUCUUUCAAAAAUUUGGACACAAAUCUUACAAUUCAUGUAGAUGAACCCCAACCCGACAUCAUAAAACCAUCAUUUGAUGUGGCGGCGGCCGUGGUGGCAGUUUCAUGGCCGAUCGAGAUGUUCAGCGGACGAUUCUUGAGGAUGGAGGCUGAAAAAUGGUGGAAGACCUCCCUGUAA